UGCAGGCAUAUCAACUGCUUUCCUGCUCCCCAGCAGUGUAGAUUCAGCCUCUCCUACAAUUUACUUUUUUCUUACCUGGGAGACGAAGGUUAUGGCAAUGGCACGACCAGGUGAAACCCUAUGGGCUUUGUCCUGUUGUACUGCUGGUUUGCCCUUCCUGCUGCUCUCUCUCAUCCCAUGCCCAGCGUUGACGUGUACUAGCCAUGAAUAUUCCUUGCGUGGCAUUAAAUGCUGCAAGAUGUGCGGUCCUGGGGAGGAAAUACAAUACCGCUGCACAGAGACAACAGAAACAGUGUGUAAACCCUGCCAGGAUGGGUACUAUAAGACUGAGUACAGCGAGGGAGACUGCAAGACCUGCAAAAUCUGUAACAUCAAAAAGGGCACCACAGAAGUGAAGAAGUGCGACCAGACCUCUGAUAGAGUGUGCAUGUGCACCAAAGGCUUCGAGCCCAGCAGGUUCAUGGCAGAUGGCACAGCUCCAUCGGCAUGCUCAGCCUGUUCUGCUGGGUCUUUUUCCAAAGGAGAAAAUAGCAAAUGUCACCCCUGGACCAACUGCACAGCGUCUGGUAGGACGAUUCUGCGGGAGGGGUCAGAUAAAGAGGAUGUUAUCUGUGGUGACCAGAAGAAACAGGCGACCACGAUUCAGAGCCCAGUGUCCACUUCGCAUACCUCCGUCACCACCCACAAAAACAGCACGUUGUUGACAGCACUCAUGACUCCCAGACCCAAAAACACACUUUCCAUUCCUCCCAUUCAUUGGGGAGAUCAGCCAACUGUCAGCACAGAGCCAACCAACUGGGGGCCUUUAUCUCUCAUCCUUAUUUGCUUGACAUUGCUCAUGGUAUCAGGAAUGUCUAUUCUCCUACUGAUUAUUCAGGCGACUGGCAAGGGGAGGAAGAAGAAACUGCAGCCUGCUGAGAACGAUCAGCGGAAAGGAAGGAGCUGUCGCAUUCCUAUCCAGGAGGAACAAAUUGACUCCAAUUCCAGCCUGAUCAAAAACUGAGUCCCCAUCAGGCUAUCACGUACUGCAUUUCUGAGCCAAGCAACAUUAACCCAGCAGUGUGACAGCUACUCCCUGUGCGAAGGAAUAUUCUGCGGAGAUAUGUAUAUACCAGUGUGCUUGAGUGUGUGAGAAGGUUAAAAAACGAGCUGUACCUCUGAGUGUACUUGAGCGACCCUCAAGUGUCAGGCCGUGCACGUUUAUUUUGGAAGCACAUGACUCUUCAUCAAUCAGACCAGGCCUGCACCUACAGCACCGGGUGCAUCAGCCCAGUUCACCUAGCAGGCCUGGCUGAAUUUGGACAGCGGCACCCCUUUGGGGGUCGGUAAACAGCCAGUAUUCAUUAAUCAAAAGUAUUAUUUACUUAGGAAUAUAGGAGCAGGGCCUUAGAGAGGAAGAAUUUCAAAACCAAAACCUGUCUAUGUGCAUGCCUACCUUACCUGGAGUCCUACCGUGCUAUGAUGGGGACCUACUCAGGCCUGGUUUUCCUAGCUGCUCCCACCAGGCUCAUGUACCCGACUCAUUUACCAGUCUGGUUGUCCUGUUGUCUCUUCCCUCUUCCCUCUGUUAAGGAGCGUCCCCUUUAAAUCCUGCUCGAUUUAUUGUUCUCAGGUCUUGGCCUCAGCCCAAACCAGUCUUGUAGGUUGGCUGGGGAUACAGAAUUGGUGAAGCUAUUCAUUCUGGCAUCUAACAGCUUAUAGCACAUAACAACUCUAAGUGUUGGCUGAGCGGUUGUGGUUAUCUGACACGUCCUCCCACUCUUGCAUCCUGACAAAUGGUUCUUGUGUACAUUGCAGUGACCGAGCCAACAGGUAAUUUAUGAAUAAGUUAUUAAUCCUACUGUAGGUCAGCUCCAGAUUUCUUUGUGUGUGUAUGUGUGUUUGUGUGUGUAUGUAUUGUGGAAGGAGUCUUUAUACGGACUUGUAUAAGGGAAAGCAAAUUCAGAUACUUAGGAACAUUACUGAUGGAGACUACAGCUUAGGGGACAACUUGCGAGUACCAUCUGCCUUGACGGAGGGCCUUAGUGGUUGGUGUUUGUACCACUGCAUCAUCUGUAAGCUCCGCAUGCCCAAGACACACCUUUUUGGGCUUCCUGUUUAUGUUCCUAGGCAGCACAGCAAGCAUCCUGUUAGGAUGGGCACCUGCAGCGUGCAUCUCCUCAGCCAGGAUGUGGUCACAUCAACCAAAACUGGACGUAAGCUGUGGUGUUCUGGGGCAGGCAGCCUUCUUAGAAGGGACCCCUAGAAAAGGGUACAAAAGUGAGGUGAUGUCUAAUGGGAGAAGAGGAUGAAGGAUGGAGUAGACAGAGUGCAAAGCAAGUGCAGAAAGACUU